GCUGCACACGCCGGAUAGGACCGUUGAGUUCUGGCAGUGAACAGGUAAAAGCAGAGGCUGACAGCUACCUCUGGCCACACAAGUCAUGGAGGGACUCUACUUUGAAGUGAAGCCCAGAAGAGAUGAAGCCCUCAGGCCAGGGAGCUCUGACAAACCCCGUCCUAAUCUGACUUCAAACCACCGCUCAUUUCCAUCACUUUCACAUUUCACCUCUUCUCAAAAGCUCACCUCAGCCAGGGAGACUGCUGCAUGGAGGGAGAAGGUGGAGGAAGAGGUAGAGGAAGAGGAAGAGGUACGAUACAAACUGACAUUAAUCGGAUCUCUACCGGUCCACCACAUGACCACCAUGGCCAUGCUGCCCUGGGUGGUGGCUGAGAUUAGCAGAUCUCGGCCUGCUGAGUGGGAGGAGGUGCAGUGUGCAGGACCCGGCGGAGGACAGCUGUAUCCCCCUACCCGAAAUCAGACAGUUUUUCUAUGCGUGUCGGCAUCAUUGGUGCGGUGUAUGUCCGUUUGGGCUGAGGGGGUUGUCUGGGACCCUCUUACACAUACAGUGCUGUUUGAAUGCCGUCCACACCAGGUGACAAAGCUAAUUCAUAACAGCCAGGAGGCCAGCAUCUUUGGCUGCCUGGUCAGAGGUGCACCUAACUGUGCCUGCUACGUCUUCCAGUGCCAGGACAGCACUAAGGUCCCUGAGAUCAUCAGUACGCUGAGGCAGGCUGGCAAGAGCUCUGCCCGCAACAAUGAAACAACAUCCAACAAAACUUCAACAGGUUCUGCAGGCACUGAACCGUCAGAAACAUGUCUCAACUCUUCCUCUCUUUCCACAACGACAAGUUCUGCAGCACAUGCAGUUGCUGUGUCUCCAACAACCUUUGCCAAGAAAUUCGAGGUGCUGUUUUGUGGCCGCGUGAGCGUUGCACACAAGAAAGCCCCUCCCGCCCUCAUCGAUGAGUGCAUUGAGAAGUUCAGCCAGUUGCAUGGCUCAAGGAUGACUGAUAAAGGAGGAAGUAGCGGGGGAUUGGUGGGUGGGCUGAAGAAGGCAUUAUCCUUCCAAUCCAACGGACUCGGGAAUGCUCCUGUAGGUAACGGUGCUGCGGGAAGCCCCACCUCCGGGAAACGCCCUGUCCUGUUCAAACGAGAUCCCAGCUUCCCCUCUCUGCAGGCCCUGGAUGAGAACGGGCUCUCACCAGAGAUAUCUCAUGCCAACACUACUGAUGCAAACACCCGCUCACCUGGAGUACAGCCCACCAGCCUGCAGGAAAACAGGACCAUGCUGUUCACGAUUGGUAGGUCGCAGAUCUUCUUGGUUAGUCCAGACACUAAAAAAGUUGCCAUAGAGAAGAGUUUCAGAGAAAUCUCCUUCUGCUCACAGGGUAUUCGUCACGUCGAUCACUUUGGCUUCAUUUGCAGGGAGACAGUGGAAGGAGGCAGCUGCCACUUUGUGUGUUACGUCUUCCAGUGUACAGAUGAAUCACUGGUAGACGAGAUCAUGCUGACUUUGAAACAGGCAUUCUCUGUAGCAGCCCUGCAGCAAAAUGCAAAGACCCAGAGUCAGCAGUGUGACAGCUGCCCCAUGCAGCAGCUCCACAGACUGUGUGAGAGAAUAGAAGGUCUGCACCCACCUAAAACCAAGCUGGAGCUUCAGAAACACUUGGCCACUCUGGACAACCAGGAGCAAGCGUCAGUGUUUGAAAACACUAUGAGGGCUCGACCUAAGAGUGACCAGGAAGAAAAUGAGCUGAUAAUGGCAUCUUUGAGGAAUCUAUACGAUGAGAGACAGAAGAGCCAUCAGCACACACUGCCUGGGGACAGUAAACAGGUGUGUGAGGAGGCAGCUCCAGUACCAGUAGAGGCACAGCAGCAGAGUAGCAGUCGGCAGCGUCUCGAACAGUUCAAGAGCCGAGCAAAGCGCUCACUCACUGAGUCCCUGGAGGGCAUCUGGAAGGGAAGCAGCAAGGCCAGAGCUCAGAGGAACAACAGUGACGGAAGUGACAGCAGCUCUUCCAUUUGUACUGUCAACAGCAGUCAGGAGCAGUCCUGUUAUGAUGACCCCCUCCCUGCCUCCUCCCAGCUGCAACCCACCAGCCCCCUCAGGUGCCACAACUCAACAGGAGACCUGAAGCGUCUUGACACCUCUCUUUCCCUUUCUCCUUCCUCAUCCUCUUUACCUGGAGAUGCUCAGCCGCAGGGCUUCCGUAGAAGGGCCAGCACCUUCAGCCAUUCUCCGACUUCCACCUCAGCAGAGUACUCACCCAUUCACACAGUAAAUCACAAACCACAGGACCCUACUGCUGCUACCAAGCCCAAGCUCGUACGACACUACUCUGUCAGCACUGACACUCCACACCAGAGCAAUGAUGUAGCGGCCCUGUCCACACCAAGUGCAGCAUGUGCGGUGGGAGAAAGCCCUCUGCGCAGCCACCGUCACUCCUGGAGGCAGCAGAUCUUCCUACGGGUCGCUACUCCUCAGAAAAACACAGAAACCAGCGAGAGGGGGGAUUCCUGUCUAGAGGGGGGUCGGGUGUGUGCGGGCCAGGUGGUAGGUGGAGGAAGUGGGGACUCGUCCAUGAGGGUGGUGCCUGAAGAACGGACAAAGAGGAGCAAAGAGGAGCUGAGGGAGCUCUGGAGGAAGGCCAUCCUGCAGCAGAUCCUACUGCAGAGGAUGGAAAGGGAGAACCAGAAACUGCAGGCCUCAGAGAGCGACCUGCAAAACAAGCGCCUGAAGCUGGACUAUGAGGAAAUUACUCCGUGUCUGAAGGAGGUCACUCUGGUGUGGGAGAAGAUGCUGGGAACUCCUGGGAGGGCAAAGGUCAAAUUUGACACAGAGACAAUACAUGCUGCAGUUGCACAAGGUGUCCCAAGGCAGCAUCGAGGCGAGAUUUGGAAGUUUCUCUCGGAGCAGUACCUGCUCAGGCAGACGGUCCCCUCCCGACCCCCACCCAAUCACACUCCGUACAAAGAACUGCUGAAACAGCUCACCUCGCAGCAGCAUGCCAUCCUCAUAGAUCUCGGUCGCACUUUUCCCACUCAUCCAUAUUUCCAAGCGCAGCUGGGGGCAGGACAGCUGUCUCUGUAUAAUUUGCUGAAGGCCUAUUCACUGCUGGACCCUGAGGUGGGCUACUGCCAGGGCUUGUCCUUCAUUGCAGGAGUGCUGCUGUUACACAUGGGGGAAGAGGACGCCUUCAACAUGCUCAAAUUUCUAAUGUAUGACAUUGGGCUCCGGAAACAGUACAGGCCUGACAUGAUCAUCCUGCAGAUUCAGAUGUACCAGUUGUCACGGCUGCUUCAUGACUACCACAGGGAUCUGCACACCCACCUUGAGCAGCAGGAAAUCGGACCCAGCUUAUACGCCACCCCCUGGUUCCUUACCGCCUUCGCCUCACACUUCCCCCUCGGCUUCGUGGCCAGAGUCUUUGAUAUGUUAUUUCUGCAGGGGUCAGAGAUCAUCUUCAAGGUGGCCUUGAGUUUACUGGGGAGCCACAAGCCUCUGAUCCUGCAGCAUGACAGCCUUGAGUCCAUAGUGGACUUCAUAAAGACCACACUGCCCAACCUGGGCCUGGUGCAGAUGGAGAAAACCAUCAAUCAGGUGUGUGAGAUGGAUGUGUGCAAGCAGCUCCAGGCCUAUGAGGUGGAGUACCACGUCUUGCAGGAUGAACUGCUGGAUACGCCCCCGACCCUCAACCAACACCAGCGAGCCGCACAGCUCGAGAGAACCAAUCAGAGCCUCCGACAGCAGAACCUCGACCUGCUUGAGGAGCUGCAGGUGUCCCAUGCUCGUGUGUGCAGCCUGGAGGGUCGAUUGGAGACUUUGGUCCAGUCAGAGGGUCAGCUGAAGCAGCAGGUCUCUUCUCUGGAAGAGGAGAAGAAGCAGCUGUUGAGCACCGUCACACACCUCAAGGACCUCCUUGCCAGCCUGGGCAUACAAACAACCCCCGACGGACACAAACUCCCCCCGCCCUCUGAAAGACAUGUAGUUACAGCAGAAGCACAGGUGGAAGGCAGAGAGGGGCUUGGGAGCAGGACUGUGGACUCCCUGCCACAUCCAUUGGCUCUUCCAAAGGGUUUGUAGCUGCACCAAAUAAUUUUCCAAAUGGUAAAAUCGAGCGGAGGAGGAGCCGGUUGUGGAAAAAGGAGGGGAGACGUUAAGAUGACUCCCUGCGUCAACCUGUGUCCUUUUCACAGCCCCAGAAGGUUUUAAUAAAAGAGGAAGAGACUUUAGAAACCGAGAGAGAAGCAAAUGUAUUAUCCCAGAUCUCUUGAGCUAUAUUUAAGUUCUGUUUGUGCCACAAGGGCCCUCUACCCUUCUUCAAUAAAUGUAAACGAGCACAUGAUUUGACCAACAGACCCCAAAGAUAGCACUGUCCCACUGGGCCUGUACUUUAAAAGCAAAAGUUACAUUUGCACCUGUACUUUUUUGUCUUUGAAUGUCAAUGAGUGAUGUCUCUGUGUUUUAUGCUCCUGCGAGAAAGUUGAACUGUUGUUGAAUGAAACAAGGCUAAAAUGGCCAAAGAAUGUGUUUAUUAAUGUAAAACAAGCUCGAACAAAGAACUUUUGAAAGAACAUAUUAUUGAUCACUUUCAACCAUAACUAAGAAAUACAAAGACUGUUUCCAAAGAAAAAAAGAAGAAGAGACUAAAAGAGAGAGAGAACAAUAGCUGAUAGGACGGGUGAAGAAGUAAACUUCAUGACAGUGUUAUUUUCUUAUUUUUAAAAAAAAUGAAUGUGACAUAAGCUAAAUUAUAUUAGAUUUUGGAUGGUGGUGCUUGUACUCAGAGGUGAGAGUCUUCCACGUUCUCUCUAUCCGGCCGUCACUUUCCUGAUCCUGUACACUUAAAACUUAAUCUAGUUUUAGUAGCUUACAGGAAGAGCAACACAAUAAAUCCAGUCCAUUUCACAUCCUGUUUUUUCACCUUUUGAAUACACUUCGAUCCAUCUGUGUGGAAAGAGAAAUAGAUGCAGUCUCAGCAGAAAAACUUUAAAACGGUGGUUGUGCCUUUCUUAGUUGGGGUAGGGGGGUUACUUCAAAUUACUGCAGAACAAACGUGUCUCAAUCUUCAAAUACUGCAGGAAACCUCUGCUGUUGAGACAGUCUGUCAGCUAUUAAUCAUUUACUGUAUUCAACACUGAAUCCCUUCAACCUGAUCUGCAGUUUGGAGUGUCUGUACGUGAAUGUAAGUGUGUCUGUGUGCUCGUACACUUCACCGAUUGCAACAAAUCUGUUGAUUUACACUGUAAAGAUACUUUGCUUUUACUCUCCUUGCACAUGUUUUUGUUUUAAUUGAUGAUUAUACUAUUAUUCUGUACUUCUAAAUAUAUUUCA